AUGAGAAGAAAGUGCAGGAUUUGGUGGCCAAAGCAGCUUUCAAAUGAACCAUUCUCAAAUAAUUGCUUCUUGUUUGGUUGGGUUGUUUCUUGCUCUUCCGUAUCAGUGGAUGUUGUGGUAGCUUUUGGGUGCAGCAAAGUACCACUGUCCAAUUGCCAAUCUGGUAUUCAAGGAAUCAUCGACGAUACAAAUGGGAGGAUGCCUAUGUCGCUACAGGAAAAAUCACGCUUCUGCCUGCUGGGUCAUUGCACUACGCCCCUGAAUAUUAAUGGUGAAGGUCUUAAAGUUGGAUCAAAAGUUGAUGGUGAGAUAGGGUCCUCUUCUGACAUUCCUGUGGCAGGAAAAAGACGACUUACAGUUAGCCAUCCCGCCAAAGAGAGUGUUUGUGAGUGCAAUCAACUUGAUGGAUUUAUUCAACAACAUUGGAAGAAUGGUGUGGAAGGAGGCCAUUGGAUCCAUUUGAUGCACAAGCCCCAUGAACAAUUCGGUAGAGAUGUCAACUGGGUUCCUCAGUUGCAUCAUGUUCAUUGGAAUGGACAAGUAGUAGUUCAAUGUGAUGUUCACGUGAUAUUAUAUGAGAUUCCAGUAUAUGGCAAACAACACCUUGCAAUGAAUUUCUGGAGAUCCUUUAAACAAGUGGAGGCUCCUUUAAGGAAACCUCAGUGGUUGGAUGAGCUUCGAACAUUCCAGCCAGAGUUGGACAUGGAUGCACUCAUUUUGGCGAUGAACAGUACUUCUGCCGCUGGAAUGGUUCUUGGGAGAUACAUCGGGGCUAACGGAUCUUGCACCAGCUAUCACAUCAUGAGCAUGUGUCUUGGUUUAGUAUGGCAAGCCCUGGCUUUAUUCUUGGCAUUGCUUUCCACUAUAAUGUAUAUCAUUCUUCAGUUGAUCCGUAACCUCUCUUGGUCUGGAUUUGGACGAUGGAUCUGCACCAGAUCUGCAAAGCUUGCUCCCACUAUGUCAAAAAAUGUGCGCAUUCGUUGCAGUCAGAUGAUUUACUGGCCAAUUUUUCUGGAAGAUAAUAGCAUUAGGUCACGAGCAUGUGUGGAGUACGCAGAAAAAGCUGCACUGCACAGGCAUUCUAUGUGGACUGGUUUAUUAGUUGAUCUUCUAUUCGGAAACUUGAUUGGCUUAGUGCUCUUCUCUCAUGCAGAAUCUGUGUGCUUGUGGGUUUCACUCUUUGCCAAGGGCACUACAAAUGAGAUAUUGCGAUCUGGUUGUGUGUGGUUGAUGGGAGUACCAGCUGGCUUUAAGUUGAACACGGAGCUAGCUGGAAUUCUUGGCAUGGUUUCCUUAAAUGCGAUACAAAUAUGGUCUACGCUCUGGGUCUUCAUCGGUUUCCUCAUAAUUUAUUUCAUUAAAGGACUUGCUCUGCUUGGAAUUCUUUUUGGGCUAACUAUACCUGCUGCGUUGGCUAUUGAUAUUGUUGGGUUGGCCACUGCGCAUGUUUCCGUCCUUCACAGUGGGGUAUCAAUUUUAUACUCGAGUCAGAUAGAGGCACUAGGUGCAAUCUGGCGUCUCUUCAGGGGUAGAAAAAAGAAUCCACUUCGCAAGAGGUUAGAUAGUUAUGACUACACAGUGAAGCAACAUGUUGUUGGAUCCCUUCUGUUCACUCCACUUCUUCUGUUACUACCAACUACAUCUGUCUUCUAUAUUUUCUUCACCAUAUUAAAGAUGGGCAUUACCACGAUCUGUACGAUGAUUGAUGUGGCUAUCUUGAUGAUCCAUGGCACACCUUAUCUUGAAAUUUUCCUUUGGCUAUCCAGACGGGGAAGAUUCCCUUGUGGCGUUUGGUUUGAAAUUACACCUUGUAGUAGUGAUUCACAGGGAUUUUCAUCUCCAAACGAAGUCGAUUCACGGUCCAAGCAGGGGGAAGAUAUGAGGACGUCAAGUCUUAUUGUCUCGGUUCUUCACAGCAACUAUUUGAGCAUAGGAGACUUGGUCUUGCCUCACUACAGGGAAGUUUUCUCUGGGGUUUCUAGGUUUCUCACUGCAUCGUCCUAUGGAGCUCUGACUGGUAAAAGGACACACUCCAGACUGGACUCUAAACUCCCAUCAAUUCUGCCGUGGGUGUCCAUGCCAAGCAGAGAUUACUGGCUCCUCUGCUACAAUUCAGUGAUGCAAUGCUCGCCAGAACAUUGGAGGAUGCAAAGAUAG